GCUGGAAUUGUUCUUGCUGUCAUUAAUCUAGAGAUUUUACAGAAAAGUUGGGAUGUGUGGAUAAAUCGUGCCAUUAAAACAACUAGGGAUUUGCAGUCAAUAAGCAGAAUCAUGCUUACUGAACCCUGAGAGUUGAACUGAGAGAAGCUUACUGAAUUCAGGCACUUAAAAUGUGAGUUGGCUGCGUUAGAACAACUAGCUUAGUGCUAGAAUUGUUCUUGCUGUCAGUAAACUAGGGACUUACAGAAAAGUUUGGAUGAGUGGAUAAAUCAUGGCUUUAGAACAACUAGGGAUUUGUAGUCAAUAAACACAAUCAUGCGUACUGAACCCAGACAGUUCAGUUUGGAAAAUAUAGAGUACUGAGCAUGGUACUAAUGGUUACAACUGGUUCCUGAUUUAGGGGAGAUCUUUGAUGAGGGUGCUUUGACAGGUAUGAUACUGGAAAAAAGUAGUAUUGUGUCGUACAGUUCAUAUUAAGUUUGUGGUAGAGACAAGAACACAAUUCUCCCAAUCAUGUUGCUGACAUAGGUAUUGUGUCGAUCAUAGGGGAGUUGUUGGGAGAAAUGUGGCUGCCGGAAACAGUAGACGUCGCUGGCAGGCAAAAAUUGUAGGACGGAGGUACAUUGGCGGUGCCUCCGAGACAGGGAACAUGGGUUCUGCCAAAGCGAAAGGGGAAUAAGAAGUUGGAAAGAGGCAACAAAAGGCGGAGGAGAGUGAGGUUCUCGAACGUUGUUGAAAUGAUUUGUUGAUCAGAAACCUCAGGAACCGAAGACACUUCAAGUGAUAAAUCACAGCAUGGCAAGUGAGGAUGAUGACCUUCGUGCGCGUCGUGCAGGAAGUGACAAGGAGCAAGGUUAUAAUACAGUGGUGGCACUGGAAAGGGUGGCGACGGAGUCCAGAAGGAUGGAGGUGCUGCUGCUGCACUUGGUUCUGGAAUUGGCAUGGGAGGAGGAGCAGCUGAUGAUGGAACUAAUUCUUGUGGGAGGAUCCAGCGUCAUGUCUGUGAGCCUGGAUACGCAUUCAGGGGUUCCUCAGGUUAGUGGAAUUGUUGAAUGUUUGAGAGUAGUAUAUAGUGCCUGUCAGGGCGGAUGUACAGAUAACUUGUGUCGACCACAAUGUCAGAGGUUGGAGGUAUCUCAAGCCAAGGAGGACGGGGUGGCAAUGCAAAUGUUGAAGAAACUCCAUGCGCAACUGAGGAAGAAAUAAUAAUGGGAGGGGACGAGGCGAAUGAAUGUUGAAGAGGAAGGUUGGUUGGUGGAUUGAAGGCUGCAAAUAGAUGGGUGGGUUUGGACAACGUUUCCGUCUGUUGCGUGUCAUCUGUGCACCGUCUGAAACGUCAAAGCAUGGGACGGCGACCGUCACAUUAAAUCUGAUUGGUGGGUGGGCCAUGGUCUGCAAAAGAAUUGCAUAUACUACUUCGAAUACAUAGGCAUAUACGUGGGGUGGUGGGAAUCUUGGCGCUAGUGGACGUGGGAGAUAAAGAGCACAUAUGAGCCCGAGCUCAUAAUAGCACUUCCCCCUUUUCACAGCUUCUCCAAACGGCGGAGCGGGAGUUCAGGUUAAUUACAUAAGGAUGCCACCGCGAAGUCAAGAAACGGUUCGUAAGUUUGUCCACCACACACCUGUAGCUCGUCCAUCUACUGUCUAAUUGGGCUGCCAGCCCAUACUUUGGAUCUGGAGCUGGUUUAGCGUUCAGAACGGAUCGAAAUUCUCAGGAGAAGCUGGAAUCCUGAUGAAGAAGCAGGAUUUGAGGAUUUAGGGAAGCCGGACGACUUCCGAACAGGCUCUAAGUUGAUGGUUUAAAAGCAUAUACUUUUUUUAUUAGCUAAAAAUCAAUUUGCUGGCAUUGGCCAACAAGGCACAACAUUGGUAACAUACAAUUACCGCUGGAGUUGGCCACGUGGCACGCCAUCAGAAUAUUGCCGAUGUAGGCUCCAACCCAUCACUAUUUUUUAACAAUAGCGUCAUAUUUGUGGCAUUGGGUGUCCAUGCCACUAAGGCCAUUUUUGUCAUGCCAUAGCUAGGCUUUUCUGCACUAGUGCAAUGGGCCAAGGGACGGUCCAAGCUCAUUGGUACGCGGGAGGCCACCUUCCAGAAAAUUGACGAGGACUCCGAAUUCGAGUUGGGAUCUAGGUCGGUUAGGAAACCUUGUCGCCCUGGGGCUCAUUCCCCUUUAUAAGGUGAGGCCAGGGGAUAGCUCACUUCAGCUUAUAGUAUGAACCCUAGUCUCGAUAGCAUUUACACACACUCUACUGUAACCUCCUCAUGCACGGCGACCCAUACAUCAAUGAAAUCCAAGAAGAAGGAGUGGAGUAUUGCCUCCAUGAUGGGGGCCCGGACCUGGGUAUACACCUCGCGUGUGAUCCCUCUGAUACUUUCGGUGACGCGGACCACCCUAUAUAGGGAUUACCAAUUGUUUUUUUUUUUGGUACCGUCACUGGUUAGUUUGGUGGACGAGUGUCUCAUCAUUUUCAUCCCGCACGCAUAAUUUUAUUUGGUGUUCGCUUGUUCCUUGGCAUGCUGUUUGUGAGCCAACUCAACACCCUGUAUCUAGUUAAAGCUUUUGGGUUUUUCUUGAUUUAAAUUGCACGUGAUGCCUUUUUCAAAAGAAAACAAACAACAAACACUCAUUGCAGUCACCAAGAUGAGGUGUUACUAUAGGUGUCACGUUUUCCAGAAUAUAUCUAUGGUCAAACCAUCUUUGCAAUAUAUACUUACAAGCCAUAUUGUCUUUCAGCCUAUCUUUGCCUUCUUUUUUCUAGAAAGUUGUUUUUGUAGUUGAGUACUUGUCAUUCUUGAGUUGAUGUUCCGCUUAGAGAAAUGGAAAAACAUGUUCGACGUUUUUUUGUUUAAUGGCAACUACAUCAUUAGUUGUGAGC